UUUCCAUCCACACAGAGGGAAGCGGUGGCUAAAGGCUGCCUUACUGUACGCUGCUGUAAUUAAGUUUACGGACAACAAGGACCUCUGGACUGUUCCAGGCGGCAAUAGGUGGAUGGUUUUCCAGUCGCAUAGACGAGUCGCACAGACCAACAGACGUUUUGUGGCCUAAAAAAACAAGAAUCGUAAUGAAAGGUAAAGAGACACGAGGAAUCGAACAAGUGACCCAUCGAACAUACAGCAAUCAGAAGUGGAAGAGCGGCAAAACAGCAGAUAGCAGGCUUAUUUUCAACUUGGUCAUGUUUGAGAGCAUCGCCCGCUGCUGUUUCACCGUGGGGCGGCUAUGAGAAGUGGACUGCCUGGGUCGUUUUCUCCGUCCACUUUACAGCCUGCAGGAAACAAAGUGUGCUUUCCGUCACGUUACCUGCGCAUUUAAAGUAAAUUCUGGUGCGUUGUCAGCGUGCGUUUUAUAUGCUGUAGUACUUGGUAGUGAAAGAGUCCAGCUUCUCCCGAAAUCAUGAGGACCACCGAGGAGACGGAGGGCUUUGACGGCGAGGCCUCCAACACUUCCAUGAUCUCCGGGGCCAGCAGUCCCUAUCAGCCCACCACGGAGCCCGUUCAUUCCCGGAACGUUUUGGGAGGAAUGAGGUGCGACUUGGAGUACCUCAGGUCGUACUUUGGGAUUUUAAAGGUGGUCGAAGUGGUGCUGUCACUCAUUGGAUUCAUCUGCAUUGAGACCAUCAUGAUGUGCUCUCCCUGUGGAGGGGUCUACUUCUUUGAAUUUGUCAGCUGCAGUUCCUUUGUGGUGACAGGAGUUCUCCUCCUGAUCUUCAGUCUCAACCUCCACACCAAGGUUCCCCAGAUCAAUUGGAACCUCACGGACCUGGUUAACACUGCUGCAAGCACCUUGUUCUUUUUCUUGUCUUCUCUUGUACUGGCCUGCAUCAACCACAACACUGGAGCUGAAAUAGGAGCAGUGAUCUUUGGCUUCCUGGUGACAGGUGUGUACAGCUUAAACACCUUCCUGGCGGUACGGAGGUGGCGCCGUGGCAGCGGGUGUCAGGGGGCAGCCCAGACCAGCGAAUACAUUCGAGCACGCACAGCAUCUCGUGGAGAGAUGGAGGCACGGCCAGAGCUGGCAUGAGAGCUCAGACAAUCAGACAGACUUAGAGAAAGUCACACUAUAGGCAGCUGACUAAGAUGGAAGAUUGACUUCUGCAGCUUUGCCACCUAAUUAAGUUUCAUUCCACAGGCAGAGAUGAGCUCCGUGACUUUGUUUAGCAGUUCGCUGUGAAAGGAUGGGUCCGAUUGAAGGUGUGCUUUGUAAAUUCUUUUUAAACCAUUAUGAAGUACGACUUCUAUGAAGAACCACAAAAGCAAAA